GUGAGACCAAACUGCACAGGCAGGAAACAGGAGGACGUGUCACAGAAGAGACGAGCCGACACUCGCCGCAGCGACAGGAAAUGAGAUGAGAUGAGAGCUGAACUCUGAAUCUAACGGCCGCCACCACUGCUGCUGCUCCUCACACACGACCAGAGACUGGACACACACGAGGAGCUGAGGAGAGAAGCGGUGAGAAAGAGAGAGAGAGCGAGAGAGAGAGAGAGAGAGCGAGAGAGAGAGAGAGAGAGAGGGAGAGAGUACAUGACAACCUUGAUGGGGAUGUGAGACCAGGAAGUGUUGUGGUUGUUUCACCUGCUGUGGCUGAAGAGGAGUUGAAGCUGCUGCUGUGGCUGCUCUGGUAGUGAAGACCAGACCCUGACGGAGAAGAGUUGAACCUGCCGGAGUGGCUGCUCUGGUGUGGAGGUAGGGGCAGGUAUCUGUGUGUGUGUGUGUGUGUGUGUGUGGAGGCAGGGGCAGGUAUCGCUUACAGCACACUCACAAAGAGAGACUGUUCCACUCAGGGGGCUGCAGAGCUUCACGAACAACACACAGCAGGGCCACUGCAGUCUACCUGUGUGUGCGUGUGUGUGUGUCUGACUAACUGUGUGUGUGUGUGUGUGUGUGUCUGACUAACUGUGUGUGUGUGUGAGUGUCUGAGUGUCGGACCCUGGGACAGCGGCCCAAACAGGUCAGGCGUAGCAGCUACACACUUUAUUUCCUGUGAACCUGAGAGGAUAUUCACGCAGCCGUGCCUCCACCUGUCUCACUCAUCAGAUAUUCAGCCACAGACUGGACAGAAGGACAAGAACACACACUCGGACGGACCUCCGUCCAGCACACACACACACUCGGACGGACAUUCGUCCAGCACACACACACACUCGGACGGACCUCCGUCCAGCACACACACACACUCGGACGGACGUGUGUCCAGCGGCGUGAGGAUGCAGGCGGCGGGGCCUGAGCAGGACGACGCCUUUGACUUCCUGUUCAAGAUCAUCCUGAUCGGCGACUCCAACGUGGGCAAGACGUGCGUGGUGCAGAGCUUCAAGAGCGGCCUCUUCUCCGAGCGCCAGCAGAACACCAUCGGAGUGGACUUCACCGUCCGGACGCUCACCGUCCAGGGCAAGAGAGUCAAGAUGCAGGUGUGGGACACAGCAGGACAGGAGCGUUUCCGCACCAUCACGCAGAGUUACUACCGCAGCGCUCACGCCGCUCUCAUCGCCUAUGACGUCACGCGCCACCCAACAUUCCACUCCGUCACACACUGGGUACGCGAGGUGCAGACCUUUGGAGCCACCAACGUCCUGCUCACACUCAUAGGUAACAAGUGUGACCUGGAGGAGCAGCGGCAGGUGUCGUUUGAGGAGGCGUGCUCCCUGGCGGAGGAUUAUGGGAUGUUGGCGGCGUUUGAGACGUCAGCUAAGGAGGCGCGGAACAUCGAGGAGGUGUUUGUGCUGAUGGCCGAGGAGCUGCUCGCCCGCAACGGCAUGCCCUUUGACCCCUCCAGUCACCAUGGAAACACACCUCAUGCGCUCAUGCGGAACAACAGCCGAGCCAUCAUAAGCCCCGCCUCCGAGGAGCCCCGCCCCAAGUCCUGCUGCUAAGACCCGCCUCCAUCACACGCCCCGCCUCCUCCAACAUAAGCCCCGCCUCCAAAAAAUGUACGCCCCUCCUCCACCAUAAGCCCCGCCUCCGUCAUACGCCCCUCCUCCAUCAUAAGCCCCGCCUCCUACAUCAUACGCCCCUCCUCCAUCAUAAGCCCCUCCUCCACCAUAAGCCCCUCCUCCACCAUAAGCCCCUCCUACAUCAUACGCCCCGCCUCCUACAUCAUACGCCCCUCCUCCAUCAUAAGCCCCUCCUCCACCAUAAGCCCCUCCUCCAUCAUAAGCCCCUCCUCCACCAUAAGCCCCUCCUCCAUCAUAAGCCCCGCCUCCGAGGAGCCCCGGCCCAAGUCCUGCUGCUAAGCCACGCCCACUCCGAGCACAACACACCAGUGGACCAUGACUGACCGAUCUCGUGACCAAUCGUGUUAAUCCAGACUACAGCCCACUGCGGUUCUGGACUCAGAACAUGAAACUGUGAAUGUGUGGGUUCUGCACCGAGAGCACACACACACUCACACACAUGUCCCUCUACUCAGGUGUGUGAGUGUGUUUGGAAAGGGACGUGUGUGAGUGUACUGUAUGUGUUUGGAAAGGGACGUGUGUGUAUGUGUUUGGAAAGAGACAUGUGUGUGUAUGUGUUUGGAAAGGGACGUGUGUGUAUGUGUUUGGAGAUGGACGUGUGUGUAUGUGUUUGGAAAGGAACGUGUGUGUGUGUGUGUUUAAAAAGGGAUGUGUUUGGAAAGGGACAUGUGUGUGUAUGUGAAUGUCUUGGGGUGUGUAAGUAUGUUUGUGAAAGUGCAGGAGUGUGCAAGUGUGUUUGUGAAUGCUGUGUUCCAUCUGAGAUGGUGGCCAUUUAUAAUCAAGAUAGUAAGUAAUUAUCCAUUCAUGAAUGAAGAUAGUAAAUAUCUGAAUGUAUGUGGACGCAUCUUUCAAAAUCAAGUAAAUGUGUAAAUGUGAGCAGAUAGAGCUGUUGGACUUUUUAAAAAAACAAAUAAAGGAAAUGUAUGAAUAUACUGUA